AUGCCAGCGCUGAGGGGGGUGCCCUCGACCGAAGCAGUGGAAGCAGACGUGGAAUUGACGGGUGUCGGUGAAGGCGAAGAGGACGACGAUGCGCCGCUCCUUCGGAACUUCGGCAUGGCUACACCUGCAGAUGGUGCUCCUGCUUCUCCUGGUGUACACCCCCUGCCCAAUUCCUCUUACACCCGAGACAGCCACAGCUGGGCGUCGAAGCUAGUGUUCUCCUGGGUUGAUCCUGUGCUUGAGAAGAGUCGAGGCGGGAGGGAGCUGCAGCUGGGCGACACCUUGCUCCUGCCCGAUGGGCUGACGGCCGACGUCCUCUCCGAACGCUUUCGGCACUCGUGGGAGGGGUUGGUCAGCGGGGGUCGACCGUCACUUGCUUCCGCCUUCCGGGCGUUGUUCUUCCGUGAGUAUUUCGUGGCGGGAGCGUUUCGACUGUUGACGGAGCUGGCCAAGAUAGCGGCGCCCAUGGUGCUUCGGGAGGUCAUCCUCUUCGUGGAGGGGAAGGCCACGGCCGUGCCCAACAACGUCACCGGAGGGCUUGCCCUAGCGUUGUACCUGUUGCUGCUGCUGCUGUUGCAAGCGUGCGCGCUGCAGCACUUCAUCCACGGAGUUUUCGUCGUGGGUGCGGGCGUGAACACGGUGGCGACUGUCGCGGUAUUCGACAAGGCACUGAGGCUGUCCAGGGCAUCGCUGGAAGGGCCUCGUCUAGGACAGGCCCUGAACUUUCAGGCCAAGGAUGCGUCCAAGCUGCGGGAGUUCGUGGUGUUCUUCCACAACCUCUGGGCGGCCCCCCUCACCGCCCUCGGCUGCACCCUGCUGCUUCUGCGCGUCGUCGGGGCCUCUGCGCUGGUCGGGGUGUCCUUGAUCCCUGUUCUGAUCCCUCUAGAGACCUGGGUGGCGAAGCGGUCGGCCAAGUAUCGGAAAGGUGUUCUCAAGGUGUCCGAUGCCCGCAUCAGCCUUAUCGGAGAGAUCAUCGACGGCAUCAAGACGGUCAAGCUCAAUUCCCUAGACCACGGGUUCAAGUCAAAGGUGGAGCUUCUGAGAGCGAAGGAGCUCGCCAGCAUCCGCCAGGCUUUGACGCUCAACGCGUACAACCAGGCGGUGAUGCGGUCCAGCCCCAUCGUGGUGACGCUUGCGACGUUCGCGGCCUACGUGCUUUCGGGCCACGAGCUGGACGCACAGACGGCCUUCACGUCGCUCGCUCUCUUCGGCACGAUAGGCCACCCGUUCCACGUCCUCCCGAAGGCUGUGCAGCUCCUCGCGGAUGCGAAGGUGUCCCUACGACGGCUAGAGGCAUUCCUGUUGGAAGGAAAACCCUGCUUGGAGCACGUGACGGCGGAGAUGCGUCGGGGGCUAUCUGUCGUGGUGGGGCCGAUCGGCUGCGGCAAAAGCACGCUGCUAUCAGGCCUCGUGGAGCACCUGCCGGUUCGGGCAGAAGGCGGGGACAAGGGGUGGCGCGAGAACGGCGGCGGCGGCGGUAGGAGCGGCGGGGGUGAGCGUGGCAUGGGUGAGGUUACUGUGGUGGCUCCGGAUAAGAGGGUGGCGUUCUGUCCGGAUACACCGUGGAUAGUGAACGCGUCGGCUCGUGACAACAUCUGCUUGGGAUUUCCUGCAGAGGCCUUUGAUGAGGUUCUGUACCGCAGGUGCGUUGAGGCAUGUGCUUUGGAGCGAGACUUCGGCGAGUGGGAAGAGGGAGACCGGGCGAUAAUCGGAGCAAGAGGCAUAACGGUGAGCGGGGGGCAGAAGGCCAGGAUAGCGCUUGCGCGCGCCAUGUACUCCCGAUGCUACGUCGUUCUCCUGGACGACCCCCUAUCGGCCCUAGACAACAUCGUGGGCGGCUGGGUAUUCCGUCGAGCGGUGCUGGAGAUGGCGCGAGACGCGGCCGUUGUCAUGACGACUCACCAGCCGCAGUACAUGAGGAAAGGGGACUGCGAACUAUUCUCAGUUAGCGGGGGGGCACUAGCGCUCCGGGCAAACGGAGAAGAGCAAGUACAAGGCGUAGAAGAGCAGGACACUUUCUUGAAGGCGACGGGACUUUCCACUGCUGUGGAGGGCGCAGAAAUGGAGAAGCCCGCCUUGGCCAAAGCGACCGGUGAAGCUCAUACACCACCCGCUGCCACCGCGAACAAGCCUGCAAACGCCACGAAGCCGGCUGAGGCUAAGGCCACUGACAAGACUGGUAGCAGCAUGUCGACGCUCUCGGCGAAGGUGAACGGCGACAGAGCAAGGGGUGGGGUGUCCAGGUCGGUGUACAUCGGCUACCUCAAGGCGUGCGGCGCGGUCGUCGUGUCGGUGGCCCUCGCAAUUUCCGUCGUCGCCCAGCUUGUCGACGUGUCCAAGGAGAUCGUUCUUGCCUACUGGUCCGACAGCAGGACCAACAGACCCGGUCUGUACUUGACCUGGUACUCGUUGGUGUGCCUGUCUGUGGUGGCGAUGAACGUUGCCCGGUUCUUCGUCGUGUGCUGGCUCGGCCUUUGCGGAAGCGAGUCCCUCCACAGGUCGCUACUUUCCAAGGUCAUGGGUGCUCCUCUGCCAUUCUUUCAAGUCACCGACAACGGCCGAAUCACGUCGAGGUUUGCGUCGGACUUUGACUCGAUCGACUUGGCCAUCCCUACAUCACUCUCGUCCUUCAUGGAUGCCGCUGCUUAUCGUUGCCAAUUGAUAUUCGGUCUUGGCGAAGCAGCGCUGACGAUGGUGGCGGCCGUAGGCGUGGUCGUUGGCGCGUCUCCUGGCGUGCUCUUCGCCAUCUUCCCCGUGGCACUGGCAUACCAUCGGGUACAACGGACCUACCGCAUGGCAGCGAAGGAGCUGAAACGGCUGGACAGUGCAACAAAGUCCCCGAUCUACUCGCACUUCCAAGAGACCCUCGACGGCCUCAGCAGUAUCCAAGCCUAUGCCAUCGAGCAAAACAUGCGGAGGAAGAACUUCUUCACGGUGGAUGCCAACGCCAGGGCUAGACUCACCUGGGAUGCCACGAACAGGUGGCUGGGGAUCAGGCUAGACUUGCUCGGCGCCCUGGUGGUUUUCCUGGCGACGCUGAUGGCAGUGGUUGCGGGUAGAUCGUCUCCAGGGAUGGUCGGGCUCGGGCUAUCGUAUGCGUUGACCAUCACUCGGACGCUGAGCUUCGGCGUUCGGUCUUCGACGGCGCUAGAGAACCAGUUCAACUCCGUCGAGCGGGUGCAAGAGUUUAUCGGCCUCGCUCAAGAGGAAGAUGACUCGCAUAAGGUGAAAGCAAGUGGCCCCGCGACGAGGAGGCCUUGGCCGUCCAGCGGGAUCGAGCUUCGAGACGUGGAUGCGAGGCAUCGGCCAGACCUGCCCCUAGUUCUGAACGGCGUCACCUUGUCUGUCAAGUGCGGAGAGCGUGUUGGAAUUUGCGGCCGGUCAGGAUCAGGAAAGUCGAGCCUAGCGCUGGCGCUUGUAAGGGUUGUGGAGUGCUGUCGAGGUGGUGUGUUCUUGGACGGGCAGGACAUCAGGGAGUUGCCCCUAGCCUUGCUGCGUUCGGGCGUGACGGUGAUCUCCCAAGAUGCGCACCUCUUCUCGGGAAACGUUCGCGAAGCCAUCGAUCCUGUUGGACAGUGCUCGGAUGCACGAAUCUGGGAGAUCAUCGAGAUGGUCGGCCUGAGAGACGCCGUCGUGGAUCUACCGCUGGGGCUGGCCACAAGUGUGAGCGAGCGGGGCGCGAACUGGAGCGCGGGGCAGAGGCAACUGCUCUGCAUCGCGAGGGCGAUGGUGAACCAGCCCGGCGUGUUGGUCUUCGACGAAGCCACGGCUAACGUAGAUGCGCACACGGACAGCCUGAUCCGCCAACUAAUCCAGUCUCGCCUCAACCAAGCGGCAGUAGUCGUCAUCGCCCAUCGGCUCGAGGACGUCAUCUCCUGCCACAGGGUGGCCGUGAUGAGCGCCGGAGCCAUCGCCGAGGAGGGCGAGCCGUCCGUGCUGCUGGCGGAGGUCGACAGCAUGCUGUCCCUACUCGCCCGAGAGCUGGGCCCGGAGUUAGAACGAAAGCUUCGUGAUCAGCACAUGCACUUGAUUAGGUAG